ACAUUUGUGUUGUUUCUCUUCCACUUUUCGUCGUCUGUCUGUCUUGUGGAUCAGCAGUCUCCUCUGCGACUCUUCCAGAAGAUUAGAAGACUCGCUGACAGCAGAGUGGUGCUGAGGCCGCCGUCCGAAGGCUCGGGUCCGGUGGCGGGUCGUCAUGGCUGACGGGGAGCGAUCACCGCUGCUGUCCGAGCAGCACGACGCCGCCAACGGCUUCUCUCCCGGCGACCGCUCGAAUGGAUAUCAGCCAACCCUCCACACUCAGGCCCCGUUCCCUAGCUCAGCAGUACCUGGUGAGCCUCCGCCCCCUUACUCCCCACAGGGCAGCCCGGAUAGCAGCAGCGCCCCCAUUAUCAGUUGUCGGGUCUGUCAGAGCGCCAUCUCGGUGGAGGGCAAGAUGCACCAGCAUGUGGUGAAGUGCGGCAUCUGCAAUGAAGCGACGCCAAUAAAGAACGCUCCUGUUGGGAAGAAGUAUGUCCGGUGUCCAUGCAACUGUCUGCUGAUCUGUAAAGUCACAUCACAAAGGAUCGCCUGUCCUAGACCGUACUGUAAACGCAUCAUCAACCUUGGUCCAGUUCACAUUGGCAGGGACAAUUCCGAACCGCAGCACCAGCCGGUCGGCCUCAGAGUCAUGUGUGGACACUGCUCCAGUACUUUCCUGUGGACAGAGAUUUCAAAUCGGACUUUGGCCCGAUGUCCACACUGCCGGAGGGUCUCAUCGAUUGGUUGGGAGUACCCCAGGAGGCGGGGCUUGCUGUGUUUCAUGCUCUUCUUAGUCCUUGUCGGCUGCACUGCAGGACUGAUGGUUGGUACGUGGAAACCAGCCCUGGACCUGAAGGGGAUCUACGUGUCAUGGGUGGUCCUGAUUCUGCUCGUUCUCUUGAGUGUGGCAAGAACCAUCUACUGGAUGUGUCUGAAAAUCAGUGACCCCAUGUCCAACAUCACGUAGAGACCCAGAGUGACGGACUAACCCGGGUGGGGACCAGGAUGAUGAGAAAUCAAAUUUUUAUAGAAGGUUGUGGCACAGGUAGUGAAAGAUAAAAUUCACUGAGCAAUGUGUCUAAAAAAAAAAAAAAAAAAAAAAGGGAUGACGGGAACAUUGGAUACAAAGGAGUGUAAAAACUAUCUAUCAAAUAAUGAAAUAUUUGAUACAAACUGGAUUUAUCACCAACAUGAACGCUCACUCACUCAUCUUCAACCGCUUAUCCCGGAUCAGGUCACGGGGACAGAAAUGAGUGCUAACAGUAAUUAAAGACAAUACAGGGGAGCCCCGUUAACUCACACGCAUAAGUCAUGAUUCAGAUUUACUCGUGGUCAAGUUGUGGACGCUGUCCAUUUUGAUUUGACCAUUUUUGGGAGGGAUUGUCAGUGCAGAUGAUGAUGUUUUCUUCCUCCUCUGGCUGCUGCAGGUCAGCGAUGAGGGCAGGUGCGUGUAUAAAUUCAGGCCCAAUUGGAACCAGCUGUAAGGGUCUAAAGAGUCACAUCCACAAACUUAUGAAUCCUUAGGAAUCUUCCGCACUGAUGAAGCCCUCAUCGCUAGCCUACAGCUGGACGAGGAAAAAAACAAUCCCAAACCAGAUGAUGAAAUCAUCACCAUCUAGGAAGGAAUCACAAUUCAAAUGGUGGAAACUAUUAUAAUAUGGCAAGGUAAGCUGAUUUUAAGGGUUUUUUUUUUAUUAACUUGUGGUUUCAGAUAACUCGCAGUCUGAUUUUGUGGACCCCAAAUCUCACGAUUUAACGGGGCUCAACUGUAAUAACUAAACCUUUAAACAGGACUGAGAAAAGGGGGAUGAAGGUAAAUCAGCUGGAUAAAGUCAGCAGUGAAUAAUUAUAGUUUUUGCUUAAUGAAGGGCAUUGUUGAUAAAGCUUACUGCUGUUACUAACUGGUAUUUACAUGUUUGUUGUCUUAAAUGUUUUAUUUAAUUCUACCCCAAAAAUAAUGAAGUUUCCUAAAACAAAAUUAAGACAGAAUGCAAAAUCAGAUUCUGUGCAGGUUGUGAUGGUACAUUAGUUAAUGAGUGUGCGUAAAGCGUUAUUUAUCAAUGGUGAAGAAAGAAUCGGGGAAAUAGGAACAAAUAUUUAUAAUGUAUAUUUGUUCCAUAUAUAAGCUGAUCGACUUCAGUUUGAACAUGAAGUGAAACUAAAGCGUUGAGUUAAUUCUUCUAUUAUUUCAUUAGCAUUCAGAUCAUUUGUGGUAUUUAUUGGUGUGUUUAGUUUUAAACUGAAAGCUGCUCAUUUAUGUUCCCAUAAACCAAACCAUACCCUGCACCCUUCUGUACUUGGAAAAACGACAAGACAGGGAACAAUGCAACGGCGGUGAUUCCACUGGAAAUUCCAAGUCACAGAAUUCAACAAUAUUAAUCCAGUUAAUCAUAAUACUUUCAGAAACCAGUUAUAAACUGCUGUAGAAAUGUAAGAAAGUUCUACAAGACAAUGACUGUAAAACAGGGAUUCAAUAAUUUAAAAAAUAUACAAAUUCAAAUUAAUGGUGCAGUAAAAAUGAAUAAAAACAGACGCAUAUUGUUUUUUUGAGAUUUCCCCACUGUAGUAGAAGUUAAUAUCUGCCUAGCUUUCAGGUCAAAUUUUUGUUUUCUAGGAUCUACAUCUGGGUUUCUAGCAACGAGACUUGAGCUUUAUACCAAAUAUAACAAAGAUCUUGCAAAACUAUUUUUUGAGGCAUCUCAUUUAGAAAUAAAAACACGACCAGUUGGUACUGUAGUCAUGCAAAAAAAUAUGUCUGUAGACUCUCAAAAAGAAACCCGAUUUGGCCGGCUGCUGUUUUCUAAAGAGACCAUGUUUUGAUUAGGACACAACAAACUAGACUUGGAAUGUUAAUUCCACCUACAGCGGGUUGCAGUACUCUGCAGCGUUAUAGUAGCACUAAAGCGCUUGUUAGAUUCCAGUAAAGAUUUUCCAGAGUGGAUCAAUGACAGUAGAGGAAAACAGCACAACAUAUUCAAGGAUUUAAUAUUUUGCCAGCUAAAUAUUUUUGAUCAACUUGCAGUUUUCUUAGUACAGGGAUUUGAGUGGAUCUGAACACACGCUACUAACGUGUGACGGCGCUUCUCUGUGUAGGUGUAAAUAUUAUGUAAUGAUCAGAGCUGUUGUUUCCUCCUGGUGGCUGGUUGAUGUACGUACCUGCUGACUGUGAAACGUGUUGCACUACAUUGUUCUGAUGUACUACAGCUCUUAAGUCUUUGUCACUGUUUAACUGGUGGGUUAUUUUUUGUAUAUUUAAAACAAAGUCAUAAUUUUAACAA